AUGUCCACCCAGAAUACCUCCGAAUCAGAUCAAGACUCCGCUCAGCCUAGAACAGUCCUUUCCAAAGAACAGAGGAGAUUCCUCGACAGUGCACUGCGUGUGAACCAAGCGGGAGAACUCGCCGCCACACUCAUUUACAGCGCUCAGACACUGCCUGUUGUCAAAGCAUAUCCAUAUCUCCGGCCACUUAUGAAACACAUGUACGACCAAGAAGCUGGGCAUUUUAAAGUCUUCAAUGAACUCCUUGCAAAGCACCGCAUUCGCCCCACCGCAAUGUAUCCGGUUUGGCAAGUGGCAGCAACUGUACUAGGAUGGACUACGGGCAUGAUGGGAAGAGAGGCUGCUAUGGCUUGUACAGAGGCAGUGGAGACAGAGAUUGGGAAUCAUUACAACGGCCAAGUGCGGGAGCUUUUCAAGUGGAUGACGGAACUGAAAGAGAAGGGAGAAGAGCUUGAUCCUGAACUGAAGGUCUUGAUUGAUGAAAUUAAGCGCAUACGCGAUGAGGAGCUUGAGCAUCUUGAUUAUGCAGUCGAAAAUGAUGCAAAGGAGGCCCAGCCAUACCAGCCGCUGACGGAUGUCAUCCGAUAUGGAUGUAGGGGAGCUAUCUGGCCGCUGGACCGUCAAUCCCCGACCCUGGGAGGCUCUGAACUCAUUCAGUCCGAAGCCCUGCCAGCAAGCGCUGAGGGCAUACCGAAAGAUGGAUUCUGGGCGACCGCUGAUCUCACCACAUUGUCAUUGCCAAUGUCCGAUGCGACAACGUGGGACUCAUCGCAGUAUUAUACGUUGUCGAUGGGUCGCAUCUUCCGAACGAGUUAG